AUGCCACCAGAAAGCGAUACUAUCGAAGCCCAAGUGCUAGAACAGAGGCAAGAGAGCCUAGGCCCAGAGGCUCAGAUCGACAGGGAAAUGGACAGAGAGGACCCCUACCCAGCCACUCCUACCCAGCAACCAGCCAGCCAAGAGAGCGUCUUUGAAAUCCCAAUCCUACCACCAAAAAAGCGCCAAGCCAACUUCUCGCCAGAGGCUGCCUAUAGAGGCAGAAACCCCUUCCAGAACUCCUCUACCCCAAAACCAACUGCCAAGAACUCGGAGCAGGCCAUCUACUGGGCGAGAGACCUGAUUCUCCAAGCGUUAACUAUGGCUGAAUCUCAUGUGGCCCAAGAUAAGCUCCUAGAGUUACUAGACGUCUUCAGAGACUACACCGAGAAAGGCAGAGUA